AUGUUCUAUACACAUUUGCUUAUGAGCAAGCGAGGGCCAUUGGCCAAAAUAUGGCUUGCAGCUCACUGGGAGAAGAAGCUCACAAAAGCUCAUAUAUUUGAAUGUAAUUUAGAGGCAACUAUUGAAAAAAUCCUGUCGCCUAAGGUAAAAAUUGCACUGCGGACUUCAGGACAUUUGCUAUUAGGAGUGGUUCGAAUCUAUCACAGGAAGGCAAAAUAUCUUUUGGCAGACUGUAAUGAAGCUUUUGUUAAAAUGAAGAUGACUUUUCGCCCAGGACUAGUUGAUCUUCCAGAAGAGAAUUUUGAAGCUGCUUAUAAUUCUAUCACAUUACCAGAAGAAUUUCAUGACUUUGAUAACCAGUUACCCAAUGUGAAUGCUAUUGAUGUUUCUGAGCACUUUACUCUGCACCAGAGCAAAGCUGAAGACAUUACACUUAGAGAAGAUUUCAGUAAUGAUCUGCUUUUUCAAGCUGGAAGUUUUGGUGACGAAUCUGAACUACUUAGGAGACAAAGCUUCUUUGAUGAGAACAUAUUGACACGUGACAGUACAGUUUUGGCUGGACACAGUUUUGCAAGUCUCUUUGAAGAAAAAUCUAUAUUAUUUGACACUGAAGAUGGAUUUGGGGAUGAAGGAGUUGCAGGAGAUAUGAUUGACAAUCUGUUACAAGAUGACCACAAUAUCCUGUUGGAAGACUUUGAUUUGGAAAAAGAAAUUUCUCUGCCUCCUGAGCCUCUUGAAUCAUCUGAGUCAAUAGUUGGAGCAACAAACAAUUCCGAGUCUGUCUAUCCACCUAACAGUCAGCAAAUGAAUGGAAAUAUGCCAAUGGAAAAUGAAGAAGAGGAAUUUACCCUUGAUCCAAUUGAUCCUAGAGAUAUUGCACAGGGAAGGAAAAGCAAACGUAAGAAGAAGCUGCUUAUUGAUCCAGUGAAGGAAAUCAGCAGCAAGACCAUGCACAAACAGCUUAGUAACUUUAUGGAUACACUGACUGUGUUGGAACUAGCACCGCCUACCAGACGUUUGAUGAUGUGGAAGGAAACAGGAGGAGUAGAUACCCUUUUGUCAAGUGCUACCCAGUUUCUGAUUAAUCCUGAACUUAAAAUGUUGUUCAGAAAAUGCUUUCAGUCAACUGGCUUUAAACAUAAAAGAAAAUUGUUACAGAUGGGAUCUGAAAAGGAAAAUGCAAGAAACAAUGACCUAGGGACUUCUGUGAUAGAAGAGCCAUGUAACUUGGAUGAGUUAAUUUAUAAAAAAAUGAGGAAAGAUGUAAUUGAAGAUCUCCCAUUGACUCAGUCUGAGAGUGGCAGGCAUGAAGACAUCAAUGAAAAUACUGACACUGUAGAAGCAAUCGAAAUAUUUUCUUCUGGUACUGAGAAAUCUUUGUCAAUGAAUGACGUAUUGGAAAAGGAUAUCAAAAAUUGCCAAAUUGAUUUGGAAAAUGAGAAGAAUUUGGAAAAUGACCAAAUUACUGAAGAAAAAAUAUGGAAUCAAAGAACACUUCAGAUGUUAAAUUAUUUACAGCAUUCCAACAAAAUGGGAAUUGAGUCCUUUAGCCUGAUGAAACUCUGCCGAAACGAUGACCAAAAGCAAGUUGCUGCUAAGUUUUAUAGCUUCCUUGUCCUUAAGAAGCAACAAGUCAUUGAACUUAGUCAAAGUGCCCCCUAUGCAGACAUUAUAGCCACAGUGGGACCAAUGUUCCAUCAAAUAUGA